UUUUUUUUCUACUUUUUCACUCCAAACACAUUAUGUUUUUCUCAAGCCAUUCUUCUUCAUUACACAACAAGAAAUCAAAAGCAAGAAAACGGCUUACAAAGACGAAAAUAUCGACGCCUGUUCAAAUAAACAAUACCAAUGCCAAUCUAGAGUUACCAAAGAAGAUCAUUAAAGCUCUAUAUGAUUACAGGGCCAAAGGGCCUCACGAAAUUUCGUUUCAGAAAGGCGACUUUUUUCAUGUGACAAGCAGGGAAGAUGAUUUGGAUUGGUACGAGGCUUGUAAUCCAGCAACCAAUUUAAAAGGCAUCGUGCCUGUGCCUUAUUUCCAAGUGAUAGAGAGAAAUGAAAGCAGAAAUAUAUUGCUGUCACCUACCACGACCACGACCACCACCACGACCACCACCACCACCUCAACUGCGACGCCAUCUUUAGCUGCAACACAUCCAAAAAUAGGCACCAGACCCAAUUCAUCUUCUUCAACGAAUGGCUCAUCAUCGUUACACUCUGAACUAGAUUCUGGAUUUUCUGAUAUGACCCCUCAUGGUCAACAAGUAAGCAAAAAGAAACAAUUCUAUGGUGUUGUUAUGUAUGAUUUCAAAGCCGAAAGACCUGAUGAAUUAGAAGCUCAAGCGGGUGAAGCUAUUGUGGUUAUCGCCCAGUCGAAUCAUGAGUGGUUCAUUGCCAAACCUAUUGGUCGUUUGGGUGGGCCCGGAUUAAUUCCUGUGUCUUUUGUUGAAGUGCGUGAUGCUCAAACCGGUGAACUCAUUAUGAUGGAUACUUUUGGUAAUCCUAGUUGUUACAGUAGUAGUAAUAGUAGUAGCAGUAGUAGUAGUGAUAGCAGUCGUCAUAGUCAACAAAAACAGCAAUCACCCCGCACAUGUAAUAGCUACCACUCAUCUUUGUCCUCCUCUUCUUCUUCGUUUUCUUCUUCUUCUGCUGCUGCUGCUGCUGCUGCUGCUGCUGCUGCUGCAAAUUCGUCUAAAUCAAAUACUUGUACAACGGCUACAUUAGGACAACCUGUCACAACCACGACCACAACGCCAACGCCAACUACAGUAACAGUGACACUAUCAGAUCAACAAGAGAGCGAAUAUCAGUCACGACGUCGUACAUCCAUCGCUUAUUCCUCAUCACCCAUCACGAAUGAUACCCUCAACACAAACAAUCUGUUUGUUGUCUUUGCCUCUGUGGAUUCCUAUAUAUUAGAAGGAGAUCAGUAUUGGUUUGUUAUUUAUGGACGCGUACAUCAACAUUGUCACCGUAUUCUGUAUCGAUUAUAUGAAGAUUUUUAUGACUUUCAAAUGAACUUGUUGAAUCAUUUUCCUCUGGAAGCUGGGCGCACAGGAGAAAGCGAACGCAUUUUACCCUUCAUGCCGGGUCCUUUGAGUUAUGUGGACGAAAAGCUGACUGCCGAAAGACAGUUGGAUCUUAAUCGUUAUUGUCAGGAAUUACUACGAUUACCCAAGUAUAUUUCACAAUGUGAACUGGUUCAAAAGUUCUUGUUUGGUGUGCAUGAAGGAGACAUUGAACUGGACUACGAUCCGCGAUUGAUCCAUCAACAUUGCUUUGAAUUAGACGAAACGGCAGAGGAAGUAUUGAGUAUAGCUCAGUCAACACCUAUCAAUAAUAACAUGCGUGAAACAAACGCAAAGUCACCAACCACGCUUUCAAUCGAAGAGACACGAACAGAUGUACAGGCAGAAGCACAGGCAGAGGUAGAGGCCGUCAUUCUAGAUAAAGUGCCUUCACUGACGGGACCUACAUCUUCUGCAGCUGUAACUAUGACCAAUCCACAACAACAAAAAAUCAAAAUCAAGAUUAUUCACAAAGAGGAUAUGUUUGCUAUCAAAGUGCCUAUCGAUUGUUCCUUGGACUAUUUGAAGCAAAAAGUAAUUGAUCGCAUUGGAUCUUCAUACACACUCACAUUAACUAUGGAGUACAAAAGUGAGGCUACCGGGAAAAAUGAAACACUGACUUCCGCAUUGGAUAUGGAAGAGGCCUUUGUCCAAGCUAUUCAAAGAGGCAAAUUAACCGUUAUUGCAUGCACUGAUACUACAGCUCAUUAAGCUACUCUUUACCUCCAUAUGAAAAACUGACGUGCGGACGGGGCCAGGAAAGGGCUUGCCUUUUCUUCUUUGAAUGGCCACCAAAAAAAAAAAAAAAAAAAA